CAUAUCCACCGUACAUGCGCAUCUCUCCUGUCAUACUAUAGUACAAAAGUUGACAGGCGUCUGGUGGGCUGCUUCAAUCGUCUUGAAUCUGCAAACUCUUCGUCUUGUUCUUUGCUUUCCUCACAAACACAUUCGAACAUGGCCACACCGCAGCCACUAGCAGACCGCGCGCAAAGCGACACUGCGUCUGCUGUCUCAAAAGAUGCUGAGAGCUCUGGAGAGCUCACAGCAGUUGUCGACGACCUUCUAAACCAACUCAACACCAAGUUCACAACAGUCAGCAGCGAGCUGCUUGCCAAAAUGGAUGACAUGUCACGGCGACUUGAUAACCUCGAAGCAACGAUCCAGGCCGGAGAUGGUACCAAGGGCUCAGGGUCUGGCAAGUAGAGUUACGCGGAAGGCAUGGUCAAAAGCAGGCGGUGUACAUCACGCAUAUCUCAGUCAUUGGCGUUUGGUGUUAAAUUACAUAGAUCAUAUGCAAUCUGGGUAUU